AUGCACAGCACCUGCAGAGACCUUUUCAACAACCGCCAGCAACGUGGCGAUGCCGUACAUGAAGCGCCAUUCCAUGUACCAGGCCACAAGUACGACCUGACGGAGAUCUCCGGCCUUGAUUAUUUGUCCUCACCUAGCGGUGUCAUCAUGGAGGCGCAGCAGCUGGCGGCUGAGGCCUUCGGAGCGGACCGCACGUGGUUCCUAGUCAACGGUUGUUGUGAGCCGUACUGGUUGCAGCCCGAAGUGGAUCCAGUGUUUGGAGUGGCGCACUGUGUGACCCAUGGGUCGGUUCGAGAGGCGUUGCGCGUCGCCACCGCCGGCGAUAAUGGCGACGACGAUCUCGACGACGAAGAGGCAGCAGCUGCCAUGGCGGCGCAGGGACGACGACGACAACGACGACGUGGGCGCGGUCGGCUGGUCGCGGGUGUCCUGAUCGUGUCACCUACUUACUUUGGGUCAGUGGCUGACGUGGAGGGUGACUGUGGAGCGGAUCUCGUCAUCCAGUCCACCCACAAGGUGCUUGGAGCCAUGACGCAGGCGGCCAUGUUACACGGCGCCGGGCCCCGUGUGUGCCCCACCCGCGUCAGCCGGGCGCUGCAGACCCUGCAGUCCUCGUCGCCCUCCUACCUGCUCAUGGCGUCCUUGGACGCGGCCCGGGCACAGGCAGCGGCUGGGCGGGGGGUAGCCUUCGACGAGCCGUGCGCGGCGGCGCAGGUCAUCCGCGCCGCCGUGUCACGUUGCAAGCGCAUACGACUGCUGGACGAGCGUACGGCAGGGUCGCGGGCGUCCGUACGCUACUUUGACCCGCUGCGCCUGACGCUGUUAGUGACGGGGUUGGAGCUACAGGGAGGCGGUUUCGGAGCGGCGGAGUGGCUGGAGACGCAACAUGGCGUGGUUCCGGAGCUCGCCACCGCCAAGACUGUCGUACUCGCACUUGGACCUGGUACGACACUGGCACACGCAGACGCCGCCGCUGCCGCACUCCUGGAACUAGAUGAAUGGACACAGAAGGUGGCGGCCGAGGAGGCGGAGGAGGAGGCGGAGUCGUCAGUGACCACCAGUAAGAAGAAGAAUGACGCUGCGGACUCGACGCUGGAGGUGGAGGUGGAGGUUGCGUUGACGCCCCGGGAGGCGUUUUUCGCGGCCAGCGAAAGCCUUACCGCCGCCGAGGCAGUGGGCCGGAUCAGCGCGGAGCUGCUGUGCCCCUACCCCCCCGGCGUGCCGGUACUGUUCCCCGGCGAGCGGAUCACGGAUUUGGCCCUGGAGGUCCUCAGUUCGACCCUGGCUGGGGGCGGUGCGGUGACGGGCGCUCGAGACGGCACGUUGGAGACGAUUCAGGUUGUGGUGGUGGCGUAG